AUGGCAAGAACAAAACAAACUGCAAGGAAAUCCACUGGAGGAAAAGCUCCCAGGAAACAAUUGGCAUCCAAAGCAGCAAGAAAAUCAGCGCCAGUUUCUACGGGUAUUAAAAAACCACACAGAUAUCGACCAGGUACUGUUGCAUUAAGAGAAAUUAGAAAAUUUCAAAAAUCAACUGAUUUGUUAAUAAGAAAAUUACCAUUUCAGAGAUUGGUUAGAGAAAUUGCUCAAGAAUACAAAACAGAUUUAAGAUUUCAAUCCCAAGCAGUUUUAGCAUUACAAGAAGCAGCUGAAGCAUACUUAGUGGGAUUAUUCGAAGAUACCAACUUGUGUGCCAUUCAUGCUAAGAGAGUUACAAUCAUGCCAAAGGACAUACAGUUGGCUAGACGUAUUCGUGGAGAAAGAUCAUAA